AUGCAACCAGCUGCCAGGGAUCGCAAGGGGUUCCGCCACUGGUGCAACCGCGCACAAGUGGGGUGGCUCCUAGUGAAGGCCGUCAAGCAGUUCGUCGAUACGGGUGGCCCGUUCCCGCGCCGCCAAGACAUCCCGUCCGGCAGCCUUCUGAUCGGUGCGCCGCCACGUGGCAGGCGCCUCUUCGUCGUCUCACACGGGUGGGAGACAGAGGUCCACCCGAGCCCCGGCGGCCAUAAGAUGAGGCAGCUCGCGGCGGCGCUCGCAAGGAACGCCGCCGCCGACGACGACCUCGUCUUCUUCGACUUCUGCUCCAACCCGCAGGAGGCCAAGAUGGGAUCUGUGUUCAUGCCGCAGCACGUGCCGUGGGAGGGCGCGCCGGCGCGCAGUUGUGCGGCCGACGCGUACUUCGAGCAGCACGGGCUCACGCGGCCGCUCAAGGGUAGGUCGCCGGAGGAGAAGCGUGCCUUCGGCGUCGCCAUGUUUGAAAUGAGCCGCCUCUAUUGCUACCGCGACUGCGAGGUGAUCGUGCUCCCCGAGCUCCACGGCCCAGACGAGCAUCCGGGUGGCAAGGUGUGGGGCGUGAUCAACGAGGUCCCGUACGAGAACCGCGGCUGGUGCUGCGCCGAGUUCUCGAUUGCGCUCUACUCGACCAGCCACCAGCCGGCGGCGCGCAUCAUCAACCUCGGCGACCCGAGCGUGCAGAGGGUGCUCACGCAGUCAAGGAAGUGGCCGACGAACGUCACGGAGUAUGCGGAAAUGAUGAAGUACACGCUCAAUUCGCCCACGUCGGCUGAGCAGGCGGAGGGCCUCAAGCAAGACAAGAGCCUCGGCGUCAAUUUCACCGCCAAGGGCGACCGCUCCUUUGUCAAAUACAACUUCUUCAAGUUCACGAUGGGGCCGCAUGAGAACCUCCUGCGCGAGUAA